GAUGGCGCUCUGACGUCACUAAGGUAAACUGUAAUGGCUGCCGUCUAAUGACUAGCAGGUGCUCGACUGCUGGUUUGCAUUAUCAAAAAAAGAUGGGUGGAAAUCAGUCACACUCCUCAUCAAAAGAUGUGGAAGAGGGCCGAGUUCGGCAAAAUCCACAGAAAAUCUAUGGGUUAUCACGUUUGAUGACAGCAAAGGCAGAUCACAACCAAGUUGUUGCUGUGAAAGGCUGGGACAAACACGACGAGAACAUGAAAAACACCCAGUUACUGAAAGGGUUAUACAAGACUUUGGAUCCAACUAUGAUGAAAGUAACGGAGGACGUCAGAGGAGAAAUUCAACUUUCCUUCAAAUAUGAUUUCAAACGCAGUCUCCUUCUGGUGAAGGUCAUCAAAUGUCGAGAUCUGAGAAUGAGAGAUCUGCGGUCCAAGAUGCCUGAUCCCUAUGUCAGAAUUAUUCUGAUGCCUGACGAGGAAGGUAUGGAGCCAAAGAAGACUGGUGUUGUUAGGGGCGACAACGAGCCAAGGUUUGAUGAGAUCUUUGCCUUCCCCCUAGACGAACUGGAGUUAGUGAGUUUGAAGAUGAUUGUUGAUGUCCUAGACGAUGACAUCACUGGUCAGGAUGACAACCUAGGACAGGUCAUCAUAGAUCUCAACUCCUUCAACUUUAAGGACAGCCCCACCCACACGGCCUGGUACAUGUUCUCUACUGAGACUGACUUCACUGUAGCCGGGGAUCUAGAUAUCACUCUAGCUUACCAGCUACCCAGCAGUCUGUGGGUGACUGUCCACAGAGCCUCCAAUCUCCCUCCCAGGUCUGACGGCAAACCAGCUGAUGUUUUCGUCAAAAUGAACAUUCCAGGAACUAAGAAGUUCUUCCAGACACAUGUAAAAAAGCAGACUUUGGAUCCGGAAUGGGAGGAAUCUUUCGAGUUUGAGGUGGCCAAAGAAGAGUUUGGAAUGCGACAGGUGAUUUUUCAUGCUAUUGACGAGGACAAGGGUUCUGGGAACGAGUCGCUUGGCCAGGUGGUGAUCAAUCUGGCUGACUUUGACCCAGACAGGGGAUUGUAUGGAUCCUUCCGACUCACUGACCUGAGAUCUACCAAGUGCCUGAGAAGUAAAUGGGCUCAGCACAGCGUCAUGCAGGAGUUUCGUCAGUCCCUCGUGGCUCAUGCUCAAAGCAAGACACCGAAAAUCUUGUACGGCCCCCAUAAAGGACAAACAGUAGUGAGCGUGAGUUGUCGCAAGGCAGGCGCCCACGGUAAGAUUCGCAUGGUAGAAGGCAUUCCCAUAAAGUAACUGUGACGUCACCCGUAGACCACACGGAAGUACCAAUGGACAAGGACGACAACUCUGAUUCAACAUAGCUAACUAUUGAUGAUGUAGAUACAUCAUCAUACUCCUGUUUUACAAUCUUGCUUGUGGAUACACAACCUCUGAUACGAUUCAGACUUGAUUCGAUACCGUGUUCAAGCUUAUUUUCAAAUCCUCUUGUACUUUGUUGUCCAUGUGUUUAAAAAGAAAGUCAAUAUUUCGUUAAUUUCCUUUGGAUAUGUACUGAUUUAAACAAAUCUAUCGACAUAAUAGAUGUUUUUGCACGAGUUAUUAUCACAGAUGUCGCUUUCAGUUUUUGACGACGUCAGAAAUAAUUACAGAUGGUAGCAAUUAACACACAAAAAAUAUGUUCGUUUAGAAAGGGUUGCUGCGAUCUUUAGUAAGAUUCUCUUAAGAAAGAGGUUCGACCUAGAAACGUGCAGAUUGUACUCGACACGUGGUCGAAAUUACUUACGUUUUGACGUUAUUGACGGCAAAUCUUAGGUUGAUCUAGUAUGCCUAUUUAUCUCUCCGUUUUUGACAGUUAAGGUCUCUGUCAUGGUAUUAAUACAGCGGGAAACGUUAAAUCGCUUUUGAUUAACUUUUGGAAAAAAUGUGAAAAAAGUCUUCAGGGAAAGCAACAGUUGUGAUGACCAAUCAACGUUUACGUUUUAUAACAAAAGACUAUGUCGAGAGGGUUUAAGAACUACACGAUAUUAUCUUUAAUGAAAUUUAGAUCAUCGUAGUUUUCAAAGAAAAUCUCACUAACACUAUGCUAACAAGUUACUGAUAGAGUUUUAGUGGUAUUAGCCAUUCUUCCAGAGGGAAAGAUUUGAUGUUGGUCCGCAAGAUUAAGAUCUGGGUAGGCCAUUUCAGUAGGGCUGUUGACAAGCAAAAUAUGGGGCUGGUGUUUGAGGCCGACGGUGUACACCGUUAUCUUCACCAGCUCUUGCAGAGAUUUAAUGCAUUUUCCAAAAGUUAAUAAUAUUCCUUAUCAGUAGAGUUGAUAGCUAUCUAUAGUUUUUGAUCCAAAAGAACCUCUUUGGUUUUGGCAUUUCCCAAGAAAAUAUUUUAUCAGAUGUAAUAGCCAUCUAAAUUUAUGGUUUGAUAUCAGUGGAUCUCCAGUUUGCUAUCAACAACUACCCUACUGUGAACAGAUGCAGGGUGAAGUGCAGUUAACAUGAUGCACCGUGGCUAAUUUCAAUACCCCCACAAUGGGUGCCUUUAGUUCUGACAUUCCCCUGGUCUGAGGGUCGUAGAAAUGGUAAAUAGGGCGUUCCGCUGGAGUCUUAUCACUAGGGAGUUUUAAGACAACAACAGGUUUACCAAGAUCCAGUACAGAUCGGCGUGAUAUGGGUCUUUUUGGAGGGAUUGGAAACAAUGAAGUAUCUGGGGUUUGCUGAUUAGAAUCCGGAUUGGCCUGAGUGAUAUGACCAACUGACCCAGAUUUAACAUCACAUAUAAUGGUCAGCAAACUUGUAUUUGUCUUUGAAUUGCUAAUGUAUAUAUAAAUAUAUCAACAGUGGUAGAAACUUCGAUAGUAUCCUUAUUAUGUCAUUAGAACAAAUGUAUAACUUUUGAUAUUUAUAUUUUUCUUCUCACCCACAUUGCUUGUAGGUUUAGUAAAGAUUCAUUUUUAUUAUUGAUAAAUAACAUACUGUUUUGAUUUUUGUUUUUUUUACUCAUAUUUGGUAUCUUAUCGUAACACGACACUGAUAUCAAUCUUGUGAUGCGUUUCCGGGACAUCAGUUUCAUUAUGAGAGCUGUCAUUUGCAUUAUCAAGUGAAAUAGUAAGGCCUAUAACAUGGAUUUGUUUUUCUUAGAUUAGUCUAUUUUUCUCUGAGGCGCUAUUCAUAUGAUUUACACUGUUUUGUCACGCACCUUAAAUAAAUACACAUAUGAAUAUAAAUAUUAUUGCGUUCGGUAUUACAUAACAAUCAGCACAAUAGCAAAAUAGUUAAUUGUUUUUCAUUACAAAAUUUACCCGUAAUGAAAAACAAUUAACUAUUUUGCUAUUAUGCUGAUUGUUAUGUAAUAUCACGAAUUUCGUAUUGUCGUUAAAUCUAUUUUCUUUGUUUGAGGUCUACAUGUUAAUUGAUGCGGUCCUCUUGUUUAAGUUAUGUGCAUAGAGAUUGUGGGAAUAGUUCGGGGAAUCUUGAGACUAUCCCAUUUUGUAUUCGUCAUAAAGCAAUUGUAAUUGUCAAGAGGGGAAGGACUUGCGUCAUUCGGACUGAUUUGACAAUUACAGUAUCAUGUUAUGUUCUUGUUUUUGAUGAUCUUAUUAUGUAUCCUUUAAUAUCUUACGGUACAGUAUUGCGGUAUUGGUCCAAUAUCAACGACAAACCUGCGUUUGAGACGAAAGAAUCUGUGACCGAUGUAUUUUUGUUUUCUUUUAAAUACAAAUUAUUAAUAAUUUCACCUGUAUUGCUAUUUAAAUUCCAUUCUGUGUUAAAUGCAUUUUAUCCAUAGACUUUGAGCUUCGAUUUGUUCAGAGUAACGUUUUUAUUACUGUAAAUUACUCUAUUUUCGCAAAUGACCAAUUUUCGCGUUUAUCCGCAACAAGCAACAUGUACAUAUUUCGCCAAUAUUACUUCCAGAGACAAUACUAUCGGAAUUAAAAUUGCAUCUAUUUAAUUCAAAAAAUCGAGUUUGGCAAUUUUAAUCAACAAACAUAGUAGGUGAAAUAAAGCUAACGCAAAUAAAGAGCGGUUUACAGUAUAACUUUACUUCAUUUUAGUAUAAACUAAUUUGAUAUUGACAUUUCAGUAUACUGCAGUAGUAAUAUUUAUUGCAUCCUCGAUAUCCAGGGGUUACGCUCACUUUCGCUCUCUACACCCCUGGAAUAUGUCAUAGCAAAAUUGAACCCUCGGUGUGCGCCACCUUGUUGAUGAGACAAGAAGACUAGUUCAACCCUUUGAUGUUCAUUAAAAGAAUAUCGCGGUCACAUAACGGUAAAACUUGACAGGCUUUGAAGUCGGGCGUCUCUCUUUUGUAAUCCUCAAAG